AUCGAAAAUAGUCGCGAAGAGGCCAGUCUCAUUGCAGUCGUCGUUACGGUUACGAUAAUAAGUUAAAGGGUUCCCUUUUUCGUUGUUUUUUUUUCGUUUCUUUUAACAUCGUCGUUUCGCGCGUUUUCCUUUCGUCUUCGGCGAGCGAGGAAGAUUCACGAGUGGCGUGGAUCACGAAUCGUACACCAGGACACAAUUUGGGUGACAGUUGUCGCGUGAGUCCGUGUUUUGUUACGCGACCCCUUGGCUUCGUAGCGUUUAUCCACCGCCAAAUCGAGUGACGACGGUUAACCUAAUCAGUCGGUGGUUAUACUACGUGGACAGUUAUUUAAUUUGCAGAGGCACGCAAAAAAAAUGGAGAAGAAUAUAGGCUUUAAUGCGACUAAUGCUGAACCUUCGGCUCCUCUGCCAACGGCUCCACCUUCUUAUGAGGAAGCCAUAGCUAGUACAGGAGGAGUACCUUUACACCCUCCAGUUGGUUCCACACCAUAUCCUCUAGGAACUGCGCCAAUAUCAAUGCCAAUGCCAUACAAUCAACCACCGAAUCAAACGACGAUGCCAAUGCCGCCUUCCAUAUAUCCAGGCUCGAGUCAAUCAACAUCGCAGUCGCGUUUUAAUGCCGAGCCCAAUUCUGCACCGCAACAGGAAGUACGAGUUAUUCAUCAUGUAACGUACGCUCUAGGACCGAACUCCGUAAAAAUAUCCUGUCCAUCGUGUCAUACCGAUAUCAAAACUACUACGAUAUCGGAUCAUCAGCCCAGUGCUCAUAUUUGCUGUAUCGUGCUUUGCUUACUUGGAUGCUGUCUCUGUUCAUGUCUACCGUAUUGUAUGAGCGCUUUUAUGAGUGUUCAUCACUUUUGUCCAAACUGUAAAAAUUAUAUCGGCACGUGGAAAGGUUGAUUGCAAGAUUAUAUGCGUGCAUGCAUAGGUUCCAGUUUUCCGCAUAAGAACUACUUGACAUUCUUCGCUUAUUACACAUUAAGAGCAACAAAAAAGAAGGAUUGCUGAGAACGUAAGUCAUGUUAUAUUAUAUUAUGUGCAAUUCUUCAUACUUGAAAGUCAUUACAUUGCGAUAUGCAAAAGAUAAUAAUUUAUCAAAGUCAGGUACUAAUUGAUAUAGAGGGUCAAUUGUAGAUACAGAUAAGAGUGAAUGAAUAAGUGUAUUUUAAACAAGAUAUAUAUUUUUGCGAACGAGAUAAAACAAGAUUUGCGAACUUCUAUUAUAGAAGAUUAUAGUAUAGUAUGGUAAGAGCGUGUAAGUUAUAUGCUUAAUUUCAUUAGAAAAUUAUUAUGAAUGCAUAGGCAAUCGAAAUUGAUAAGCACUAGGGCAGCAGAACUUUUUAAGGAAGUUCCGUGUCUUGCGCGAUGUUAUAAUAUGAUAUUUUCCACUUUAUCGAUAUUUCCACUUUAUCCUUUUUGAUUAAGAAAAAACUUAUAAGAAUUAAGAGGAAUCUUGAAUGAUCUAACAUCUUGAUGCCGAGUGAAAUUCUUUCUCUCUGGCUUUUAAAUUAUUCAAACUAUAAAUAAUUGUUCAAUUGUAUCGAUAGAUCCUCAAACUUUUCCACCUUGCAUGAAAAAAUCCUAGCUAUCUUUAUCAUUACGCCUUAGGUAAAAAUUCAAGAUAUGAUUCGAUAAUAUUCAUAUGCACGCGAAUGUGAUAUUGAAAAAUUUUAUUUUA